AUGGCCUUUGCUCUUCGUCUUUUCUUCUUGUUACUUGUAUUCUGUUUGAGUACCUCAGGGGUACUAACAGUAGGUCUAGUCGAUGGUGUAUGUGCAAAAACUAGUAAUCCUUCUUUCUGUCGGGCUGCUUUGCUGUCUGAUGGUCGAUCUGCCACAGCAAAUCUUACCGAACUUGGAGGCAUUGCGAUUGACCUAACGCUCGUAAACUCCAUGGCAACCCAAACCAAGAUCAAUAUAUUAAAGGGGCAAACCAAAGAUGUUGAGCUCAAGAAACGUCUCGAUUCUUGUUUUGCGGAAUAUGAGAAGGUGGUGGCUGACUAUUGUCCUUUUGCAAGAAGAGCCUUGGCUUUCCGUGAUUACAUAAACAUAUAUUCUGCAGGAAAUUACAUAAUUCGCUCGGCCUCAAUAUGUGAUGGCGCAUUCUCAUCCCCGCCGUCUUACCCAUGUCCAAUCACAUUCGAGAAUAAAAAAUCAUCACUUCUUGGGGGCAUAAUUAGGACUAUUGCUAAUAUUUUGACAUAA